CGGAUACUCCACGCGACUUGAGGCUCGGUGUCCCGAGUCCGUUCCCUGCCAACGCUCUGGUUCGCGAAGAAGAUGAACUUUUAGACUCGCUUGCGGACGAGGAAUUACUCCUCGACGAAGAGCUCCAUCUACAACCGCCACAACCACCACUCGCAUCCGCGCAACACCAUGAAAAGAAUAGCCUACCAGAAGGAGACGGGCUGGACGAAGCGCAGAGGCCUGCGGAAGAUCUGCUACCCUCAAUAGGACAAGUUCAGAGCAUCUGCUUGGCGACGCUGAACGACUUGCUUUCUGCGAAAGCACACUGGUCUCCGAUUGUCCCAGACCGUCGACAUUCUAUGCCCCAUCCGUCUCACCUUGCGCCUAACAGCUCAAACGCCCCAAGCACAGCACAGCGCUCAUCGGCUCUUCAGACCUUGAUAACGAACCUACGUCUCCAGGAUACCAAUGGAAAUAUGACGCAGACUGCUGAAUCACUCUCAGAUACCGAACUUUUACACGAGCUCCGCACACAAGUCGACCUGGUGGUGACGAGCCUGUCAGCGCGCGAUGCUGAGCUCGCUCGGACGCUGGUAUCCUUGCUUACUCACUUCCAUCGACUUUCAUUGCUCAGUCCUUUCAGCUCCUCGACAUCGUCCUCCCAAACCCGGGUUGCAUCGUGGAAUGUCGGAACUGAUUCGCGCAGCCACACUGAUCCGUACAGCACCCUGCGCCGCCAGGUCAGCGACUUUCAGCUGGAACGGUCCUCCCAGAAUCGUUUGCCAUCUACUAGUGAACUGACGCCAACACUAUCUGUCGAGUCUUCCUUGUUGUGGUCUCUGAUAGAUGACGAACUGGAAUCAGUCCUGUCUCUCUGUCGUUCGCAGCACCACGACGCUGAUCCAUUUGCGGAUAACCUUCCACCGGAGUACGACGCUGCGGACUAUGAGCAAGACAGCCUCCCGAGCUACGAGGCUAAUGAGUUCUCCGAUAUCGACUUGGACGGCAAGAAAGGCGGUGGUCUGGAGCGCACGUCAACCAGAUUAUCAGACAACACAUCGGAGAAGAUGAAGAUGGACCUCGAGGCUGUAACUCUGGCUAUUGACCGUCUCUACCUUGUCGCGCCACAGCUUCACAACCAGCGCGUGGAGCUGAAGAAGAGCAAGCUUGAGCGGAUGGAGAACGCGAAGCGGAAAGGGAAACAGCGAGAGGACGAGACGCAUCUGCACGAGCUUGAUCGAAUAGUCGAGCUCAUUGGGAAAGCAUCUGACAGGAAGAUGAGCAACCAGGCAGUGUAUCUCGAUGGAGACGAGAUGCGACGGAGGCUGGUGAGAGCCCGUGAAAAGGAGCUGGAGCAGCGGACUGCAUUUGUCGAACAUCUUGUCAAGCACUCCGACGCUGGUCGUCUCCACUCGCAAGAUGCCGCCUUCAGCACGACCCGCGCUCGUUCGCACCCGAACCUAGCCGCGGAAAUUAUGGACCCCCAUGCCAUGCUGACCCUCCCCGAGUUCAUUCGCGAAACUAUCCCAGAAGGUAUUCGGCGCCGCAUGGAACUCGAACGCGACCCAGAAGCUCUGCUCACGCUACCGGAGUUCAUCAAAGAGCACCCGUCCCCGGAGCCGGUUGGCUCUUCGAGCAUCCGCCACGCCCGAGGCCUCUCCGUCUCAUGCACGAAUGGUAGCAGCCGCUCUCGCGAUGAAAAUUCCAGUCCAACACCUUCUCCUGCCACGACCAAGGCUAUCAAGGGAAGCAGGUCACGCAGUAUGUCGGAACCAUUGUCCUGGCUACUACCAAAGUCUUCCUCGCCUACACAGUCCCUUGGAAGGAAGACCUCUGGGAAGAAACUACCGCGGCAGUCCUCAGCGGUGGAGGUGGUCCCAGAGAUGCAGGAAACUCUCGACGUCACAUAUGUGGCAGAGUAUCACGAGAACUUACAGCAUAUCCUUAUCUUCCUCACCGUCUCAGGCCUCCAAGCAGGCGUCGAGCUUGAAGCCGAAGUCGUCUCGCCCGAAUCAGGCCCAGACAGUCACCAUGCACAGCUAUUACUCAGAUGUGGUGCAAGCACCUCCCAGCGGCUCGCGCUGCCUGCACCGGUCGCGGUUGGCCCUGCGCAGGUGAACGUCGUUGGCGGACGGCACUUCCAGGUGAAGCUCGCUGUGAUUCCUCCCGCAUCGCCACAGUCACAGGCCUUUGACACCGACGCGGAACUCGAUGCGACGCACUUUCAACACAUCCAGCCGACAUCAUUCAUCUGCGCAUCGUGCUCACUCCCGCUUGUCCGCGGGUCUGCGCUGCACAGAUACCGCGACUUGCCAUCCGAGCACUGGGCAGAGCUUGUUGACGCUUGGAUGUGCCACGCAGAUCAGAAGCUGCACGAGCACGUGCAGAAAGGCUCAAAGGAGGGCUUCUGGCCUGCAGAUAACGAGGCGCUCGUCGGUGGGAGCUACCUUCUCUUGAGAGAGAACGCCGUCGUGAAAGUCAACCUGUGCGGGGUGCAGGGUCUUGACGCUAACAAAGUCGAUGACUGGUCUCGUGUCCGUUGCAUCUGCGGCGCAGUGGUGGGACGUAGCCAGGAGCACAAACCCAAGUACGGAGAGUCCACCAUUGUUUACCGACUAGCGAAGUAUGCUAUCCGGCCUGUAAGCCCGACUGCCGAGCCGAGUCGCAUCCCCCUCUCAGCCUUCAUCGUCGAGGACAUGUACGAGUAUGUGCACGCGCAUGCGACAUACCGCUUCGUCAUCGUCGACGAAGAGGAGGAUAAGCCUCGCAUCUUGGUCUGGCUUUUCAAGCCGUCGAUGCGCAUUGCGUACGCGACGCCGAGGCAGUUCGUCAUCCCGCGACACGGCUCGAUACGCGGCGCGAAGGUUCUCUACAAGCUCAUCGGCCCGUCCGUCGCCACGUCUGAGAUGCACUCGAUGCUGCAAAAGUACCCCGGGUUUCCGCAAGCAGAACACUUGUACUAUCCCUUCCAGAUCUGCCAACGGCUCGCUGCAACGCUCAAGGAAAGCACAACUGCAUACCCUGAGAGCAUGCGUACCAUGACCGGCCUAGACGUCGGCUGGCUUCAGCGCGCUUGAACACCAUUUCGUUCUUGUUUGUCAAGUCCAUCAUGCUAUUCGUUCUGUUAUUGGUCUCCACGCCGAGCCUUCAUAUUGUCCCUCUUACAUCCACUGCGGUACACCUCCGCCGCCAUAUCUCGCUUUCUCCGUCGCGGCCCACCUCACUUUGUGUCUCCGUCGCACGCAUCAUACCUACUCUAGUAUAUCUCAUUCGCCACGAAGCCCUAUCUCUUCCUGAUCUAUCUCCCUCCAUUGUCUCUCCUUUCAUUGUGUAUCGGAAUAGAGUCUCGCGCUCUGCAUUUAUGUAAAAUACGUAUCGGCCCUCUUCGAUAGGGUAUACUGCAGGAGUCCCUCUCAUGGGUCGACACAUUCAUCAUCAACCGUCCGCAGUAAGAUGCAUAUUUGGCAAGAAAUAGUGUCCCCAAUUGAAAUAAUACGGCAUAAAAGAAAACCAACAAGGUAAGGUGAGUAAGAAGCGCAAGUGGCGGCGUGACAUCCAACAUUAAAAGAUUUAUUCGGCGGCGCGUUCUUUACCCUUGCCGUGUCCCAGUCCUGGUGGCUGCUCGAGCGAGAGGUUCGGCGAGCUCACCAUACCCGCCAGAGACGAGAAAGACGGGAGGCGGCGCCCGCCUUUCAGGGAGCCAGGCGAAAGAUAUACUGGUGAUCCUCCACUUUUUGUCGGUGUCGGCGGGAGCGAACCGUUCGCUCGCAUGCUAGGCGAGCGUGGCGACCCAGGUAUCGAACCCUCGCCUGCGGCCGCUUCAGUGAGGAGAAACUCAACCCAGAGGCGCGAGAAGGACUCGGUCUCGUCCGUCUUUUCGAGCUGCUCGGGACCCUUGCCCUUGCCCGUGGCGCGCCCCCAAAGUGAUGCACCCGCACCAGGACUCGUGCUACCCUUGCGUUGGAGUCCCGCACGCUCACGCUCGUCGUCCGUCCACUGCAAGAUAGAGGCGAGGAGGGUGAGCAUCUCGAAGCGCUUCGAAUCACCACGUGGCGUAGUGAGGUACGAGAGGAGCACGUUCGUCACAAGUCGGCGGUCUACGUUUGUUUCAGUUGAGGAGCGGCGCAGUCGGCGGAGCGCUUCCAUGAGGUGCUCGUUCAUGAUGACGGCCUCAUGGCGCAGCUUUCCAAUGAGCAGGUUCUUCUCUUUGACCUCCUUCUCCAACUCCUGCGUCCGGGUCGAAUUUGUCGAAGACUCUUCAAGCUGUAGUUCAGCAUUGAGCGCCCGCGACUUGAACUCGGCGAGUGACUGCGUAGACUGCACCAGCCGUGCUUCGUAAUCCUUAACCGCCUGUUGCAGCUCAUGAUCCUUUGAUGCUUGGAAGUCCUCGAGGACGGACUGCAGGUUGCUGACCUUCUCCUUCUCCACCUCGAGCGUUGACGCCUCCCGCUCCCUCGCCUCUCGUUCAAUCUCGAGGUCCCGGCUAGCGUUCUCGAGGUUGCUUCGUGCCUCGUCCGCCAGAACGUGUUCCUGCAAUGCUUUGCUCUCCCAUUCAUUCCGCUCUAUUCGUAUUUGCUCGAGUUCGCCCUGGAGUUCGCGGAGCUCGCGCUCGCGGAGGUACACCUCCUGCGCGUUCUCCUGCAGCGCCCUGCUCCGCAUCGCCUCGAGCUCGCGAGAGGCACGCUCGGCCUCGUCGUUGGAGGCGACGAGCUCAGCUUUGAGGGUCUCAACGGUUUGCGCAAGGUCCUUGUUCUGUACGGUCAGCUGCUGCACGAGCUCCUGCUGCCGGUCGAGUUCUUCCUAUGCGAAACGGAGGUCGUAAUCACUGCCCACGAGCGAGCGCAGGGAAGAGUGUGAACGUACGGCGUCCUGCUUCAGCUUGUUCCCUAGCGUCGUGCGCAUCGCAGUAAGCUUGGACAGGAGGUUCCUGUACUGCGCCGCUAAUGUCUCCUUCUCCUCUCGUGCCCGUUCCAACUCGUGUUGUAGCCGGUCAACGGGAUCCAGGCGCGUGAGGUCUUCGUCAUCAUUGUGAGUGUUGCCAUUAAGUCCUUUUGUUGGUGAGGGCGAUAGAUGUCGCUCGCUGUCUGAGGACAGACGAGCCUGGGAUGUAGAAUCCGACAUGGUGUUCGCCGUCGCGG